CACAGCAAAGCCAGAUGGCACAUAUCUCAGAUAGUCUUAUCACAGUGGAGCAACACUGCACGGUCGAGCAGAGCGGACGCGUGCGGUCAAUCGAGGCAGGACCAGACUCGAAUCAAUCAGUCGGAUGCACCAUCGCCGCCGCCGUCGCUGCCGCGCGGGCACAGCCCGGGAGAGAUCCAACGUGAGCAAGAGCGAGCGCGUUGCACUGCUUCGGGAUCGGGAACCCGAAGCCCAGACACCGUUCUCCCUUCUGCCGACCGCGCCGCGCCUAUGUGCGUGUGGGUUUGGAUGUUUCGGAAGUGUGGCACACGUUUCAGUGUCGGAGCCGAUUCCUUCGACGACCGGGGAUCGAACGACCGGGUUCCGUGCAAGUUGAUUAUAAAUUUAGUCGAUGGCCAGGUCUCGCCAGGGCAGGUCGCUCCAAUGCCUGUUCUUCAGCAGAGUUCAACACUCGACUGAACUUAGUUGGAGGUGUACCAAAUUCUGAGAGUUGGUUGUGUUUUCGGUUGACCGGAAACUGAUGUCUGAACGGGGCAUUGCCCAGGACAUUCGGCAGCCAAGUGUUGCACGAAAUCCGCGGGGUUGCAGCUGGCGAGUGAGUUGACCGAGAAACGAAACGGAUUGAGUACGCUCCGACAUGUGACUCUAGAAGUGCGCCUCGGUGAAGUGACAUUCGGUUUGUGAUAGUGUCAACGAGCAGAGUGAAACGCGUGUAUGGGAAGAUCCGGAAAAAAGUGUCUGGAAAGUGCAGCCCAGGAGGAACAACUGUUUCCAUCCACAAUAACGACGACGAUGAGUACGACUACGAGGAGGACGAUAUUAAUCCCAGACAUGAGCGUUUAUCGCUGGGACCGAAAAUUUAUGGUCCAUUGCGAACCUCCCUGAGAGCUGGGACGGAAGAGCCAGCCAGCAGCAGCAACGGCAGGAGCAGAACUAUGAAGAGUUCGUUCAUUCACAUGUGUUAUGGGGAGGCACUCGACACAGUGCUCUUCAGCAUUUUUUUCGGGGGCACACACACCGGAAUUGACAAAUGACGGUCCACAAGUAAGCCUUAAGGACCAGUAGCCGCCAAACAUGAGCGUCUGAGAAAGAACGCAAAAAUCUGAUCGCUUAAUUUGACCACCCCCGGUGGCGUCCGUCAUCAUCAUCAUCCUCAUCGUCGUCGUCGGUCGUCGUAAGCAUGCGAGUCACGUUCGGUUUAUGGUGAAAGUGAGCUCCGAGUGAAUCGCCAUUUGCGAAGCAAUUUUCCCAAUGCGGCGACGACGGUGGGAACAUUCUAACUUGCGGUGCGGUGUUUCGAAUUGCCAAAUCUCGGAAAAAGUUUGGUAAAUCAGUCAAUGGUCAAUCUUGACGCUGGUCAGGUGCGACGAGUUCUUCACGAAGCGCUGGAUUUGUGGGCCCAGAAUGCGAAUCUAACCUUUCGCGAGGUGUACAGCAGCGAAGCGGAUAUCCAAGUUCUGUUCGCUCGACAGUACCACGGCGAUGGAUAUAAGUUUGAUGGUCCAGGAAAAAUUCUCGCUCAUGCAUUCUAUCCCGGCACUGGCAUUGGUGGUGAUGCACAUUUUGAUGAGGAAGAAACCUGGCUGCUGAAUGAGCCACUAGGAACGGAAGGAACCCGUUUGUUCGACGUGGCUGUUCACGAAUUCGGUCACUCACUUGGAUUGGGACACUCAUCUGACAAGCAAGCCAUCAUGUUUCCUUGGCAUCACAUAUCAUACCGCGGAAAAGACACCAUCCCCGAAGACGAUCGCCUCGGUAUUCAAGGCAUCUACGGUCCCAAGAAGAAAACCUAUGGGCGCAACCCGGAACGUCACACUCCAACGACUACGAGUACGACAACAACCACGACUCCAUUACCCCCUCGGAGGCCCACUACGAGGCCGUACUACCCUCGCAAAGAUCACAACGGGCACCCGUGGGAAGACCUCGAUCACAACUAUCCCACCUACCCCAGGAGAACCACAACCACCAGCACCACGACCGAAAUCCCCCGACGACGUGUUUACUACGCAGACAAACCCCGAGGCGUUGGAACCACUUAUCCCACUAGACGAUCACAUCAAGAGCAGCCGUAUCCCCGGGAGCCGGACACGGAACGACCCACGCACAUUCCAACUCCGACCAAAGUGCAUCACCACCAACACCACCAUCAUCAUCAUCGGACGCAACAUCCGGUCACGAGACCGCCACUGCCACGCAUUCCCAAUCCGUGCGACACCAACUAUGAUGCCAUCACCAUCAUCCGCAAUGAGCUGUUCAUCUUCAAGGAUCGUUACCUGUGGCGACUCUUCGAUGGGGACUCACAGAAUCGACCGCCCGUCGAGAUCGAUCGGAUGUUCUUCGGACUGCCAAGGGACUUCCAGCGAAUCGAUACUGUGUACGAGAACAAACACCAGAAGAUUGUGUUCUUCAUAGGUAAACAAUACUACGUGUUCAACUCGCAACACCUGGAGCCCGGAUACCCGAAACCAUUGACUCACCUGGGGCUGCCAGACAGCAUCGACCGAGUGGAUGCUGCUCUGGUGUGGAGCUACAACAACCGGACGUAUUUGUACAGUGGGCGACUUUACUGGAGAUUCGACGAGGACGCCAACCACGUCGAGCUGGACUACCCCCGGGAUAUGUCGAUGUGGAAGGGAAUCGGCUACAACAUCGAUUCCGCCUUCCAGAACCGCGACGGUCGGACGUACUUCUUCAAGGGCAAGGGCUACUGGCGCUUCAACGAUCUGCGGAUGAGCGUUGACCACAGCGAUUCGCACCCGUCGGCCGAACGGUGGAUGAAGUGCCAACACUCGACGAAACAAAAAGAACCCAUGGUGCACAGCACCACCGAAGGUGAGGAGGAGGCUGUGGUGGUUAGUGGAAGCCCCAGAAGUUGGACCACAGCAAAUGUGGUUCUUCUUAGUGUAGUGUUAAUAGUUAGUUUGAAAUUUACGUAUGUGAGAAUUUAUUAGGAAACACAGUGUAAUAAAUAGGCAUGAAAUUGAAUAAUUUUUGGUAAACUCCAGAAAUAAUAUUUUCGCCGGUAAGAAUUCUUUUUUAAAAACAAAUAACGAGGAUACCAAAAAAAAAGUACGUAUCGUCUGUUGCUUUACAAUUAACAGGCAUUCGCAUUGCGUGAAGCCUUCUCAUUCUUUGAAUAAAAAACUGCCAAAAAUAAGUAUUUUUGCACACAUACAUGACGUUAGCAUUGUGCAAUAUAGCGAAUAGUAAGAUCAAAUUAUGCAAAUUAUGUGUGCUCACUGCUAAAAAUAAAAUUAUAUUUUUAUGUCUUUGUUUCUAAUAGGAUGGAUACAAGAAUUAUGGAAUGAAAAACCGAAACAGUAACCCUACAUAUUUUUUACGACCAUAUCUCUAAGUUAUUUUUUUGACUUGGAUCUCAAAUAAGCUAAAGAGGAUAGAGUUGUUUUCAUUUUGAUUCCUUUCUCAGUACUAAUCUUUGUCAGAUAAAUGGGGCACUAGAAUGAUUCAAAUUUUGAUUUUUUGCUCCCCUAUGCUCAAAAAAUGGCAUUUGCUAUUUUAAUAAUCAUCCUAAACUUGUAGCUAAUUGGGAUGUGAUUUAACUGAGCACAAGUAGUUUGAAGCUUGUAUAAAAAUUGCUAUGAAAACUGAAACUUUUGUGGAAAACCGUUCCGCAUCAUUGCCCAAUCCCAUUGAGCUCUAAAAACGUAUGAAUACGUUAGCAACAUAGGAAAUUUAACAAGGGACAAUAUCGUGACUUUCAGCUUAUAGGAUCUAUUAUGUGAUGGCGAUGCGUAAAAUACCUAUAUUCAAAUAGAUUCUGGGCUGCUUCACGAAACGGAUUCCAUAAGUGGCAAUUCUCAUAGUAAUUUUCAUAUAACCUUCAAAUGGCACGUGCACAAUCAAAUUACAUCCAAAUCAGCUAAAAAUUUAGGAGGACUAUUAAAAUAGCAAAACCAAUCGUUUCGCACUGGGAUCGUUUCGCAUACUGGGGUAAUAAUAAGCAAUUGAAAGAGACAGACGAUUCCACAAAAAAAUCAUCAAGCUCGCGUGGUCAUACCCUGAGAGUCAAACCCAUCAAAUGACUUCUCCAGGGCAUGCCAAAUCCGACGCCAUUCCAAAUCGGUUGAACAAGUCUGACACUAUAUCGGAAUUAAUUGCACAUAUCGUUUGGCAUCAUUUAAAAUUUCUAAUAAAAUUCAAUUUUUGGUAAGUUUUGCUAUAUUAUAGUAAAUAAUUUAUCAGUUUACGAAGUUGAUUCGAAACAAAAAGGCAUGGGAUUGAUAUAAAAAAGAUACUCAUCUUGUCCCGUCCUCUCAUGCGCACAUUUCAACUGCUAUUUUGUAGUAUGUUUUAGUUGUUUUAAGGUUUUAAGGUAAUCCUUAACCUUUUCUCGUAUUUCUUAAAAAUGCCAAACAACUCUAACCUCUUGGAACUAACAAAAAUAUUAAGCUUGGAGAUUUUCAACAUCAUUUAAAUGAAUAUACAUUUGCAUACCGAGACAUGCUCGAUUAACUUAAAAUCACACCAAUUGCCUCUCGACAUUUUUGUUCUGCCUUAUUAGACGUAAAAAGCAAAGAAUCCAAUUAAAUAUUGUAUUAGCAUUAAGUGAAAAACGAACACCGUGUAAAAAAACCUUACAUUUUAAAUUGCCUUCAUGCUGAGACUUAUAACAAAAUGUCAUUACCAAAACGAAGACCGUGGUCCUAUAUGUGAUAAAAACCACGCACUCUUAUUCCGAUUCUUUUUUAGUGUGCACAAAUAAUUUAGGAAACACGAAAAGCGAGUUGUAUGUGCGAUUAUGAAUAUUAUCUGUAAAAUGAAUUAUCACUCUGAAUCCAACAAAAAUCAUCACACUGUAUCACCGGCUUUUGAUGCUUGUGCAGGGAGAAUGACCGGAAGGGUGAAUUAAGAAAAGAAAAAAAAGCGCUUCUAUGACUAGAUUUUAAUUAGUUUUGUAUUAGUAAGCGAAUAUGCACGGUUUUCAGCCGGAAACUGCAAGUAUGCCGGAAUUUGUUCCCCGAUGACUGAAUUUCAUUCGCUUAUCAAAUUCCGUACAUUAAUGAAGUGACAAUUAGUUGAUAAAUAGAACGAAUAGAUAAUUGAUAAUAAAUAAAACCGAAAAUAUU